ACAACCUCACCAACCUCAGCAGCAGCAGCAGCAGCUUGAUCACCAUGGCUACUCUCAGAAGCCCCACUCCGGGCCCUCGAGGUCGUCCACUCUAGCGGGAGGUGAGUUCCACAACGACAUGGCAAUGGCUACCCAGAUGUCCUCUGCAGCGAGCCUCCGGGCAUCUACACGCCUCACUGGAUGCAGAGUGUCCGCCUCUUCCACCACUUUUGCCAGCACACGGCAUAUCACAUGUCCAGCAAUCCACCCACCACGGAUCUCUGGCGUAAGCGGGUGCCAGACGUAGCCUGCUCUCACGAGUUCCUCAUGCAUGGCCUACUUGCCUGCUCUGCCCUUCACUACGCCAGGACACAUCCAGCACAGGGCCAGGAAUUCACCCUCGUCUCCACGCACUACCAGACUCUGGCGCUGCAGUUCUUCUCCAACCGGCUGAGCGACAUGAACGAAGACAAUGUCGAGGCGUACUUCCUGCUGGCCACCUUCAUCUUCGUGCUGGCCAUAGCGACCAUCUCGGAUCCCCUCGCCCGCCAGAACAAGUCUGCGGAGCCGAAAGACCUUGCGCAGUCCUUUGUCCUCCUGCAAGGCGUCAAGGGCAUCCUCGACGCCAAAGCCGCCGAGAAACUGGGCCAGCACGACGGGCCUUUGGCCGCCAUGCUGCAUGGAACGGACGACCUCCGGCGGCCCCGCCCGAGCCAUGUCAGCAGCUUCACGCGCAGGCUGGACCGCCUGCUCGGACUGGCUCGCGAGCUCGAGUCGUCCAUGUUCCUCGACAUCGUCAACAACCCGCAAACAGCAUGCAUCCUGGCCCUCGAGUCCCUGCGGCACACAUACUAUGGGUGCAUAGACGCAAACAACAGCGCCAGCCCCAUGGCUGCCGCGGGUGCUGCUGCCACCUCGUCGCUGGGCAGCGGAAUGCCCGGUCCGCUGGAAGACCCGCGCAGUCCUGCGGAUAGUGCUAGCAACAGGGCCGCAUAUCGAUCGAUGCAGGACGCCGAGCAAGGCCAGCGGUAUACCUGGCUCUGGCCCCUGACUUUGACGCAGGUCUUUAUGCAGCUCGUGGACAGCGGCAACUACAUGGCUUUGAUCAUCGUGGCGCACUACGCGGCGAUGGCCAGGCCGUACGAGGGGCCGUCCUGGGUCACAAAGGGGUGGGCUCAGAGCGUGCUGGCCAUUGUGGAAAACCACCUUCAUCCCGACAAGCACAAGUGGAUCGCGUGGCCGAAGCGCAGCAUCCUAGAGGAGAUACAUGUAGAUGACAUGCCCGAGGAGACCUAGUGUGGGGAGACCGGUGUCGAUGUGCGCGCCCACGCAUUUCAUGGGGGUUGAAACGAACGG